CGUGUUUGCCGUGCGGGUUGGGCCGUCGGUGUUGGUAUGAUGUGUACCAGAAUCUGCAAGAUCACCAAACGCUCCCCGGAGAAUUGUUGGACAAGCAAUGAGGUGCAACGACGCUUGUUAUGUGCACGCUGAUAUCGACCAGCUACAUGUCUUGAAUGCGGUGGUUGAGUCUACUCGUGGUUCUUGCGGUUCACUGCCAAGUGCAUUAAUGUCAACAUGAUUUCUUGUCAGGCUUCUUGUCAUAUCGAACAGUUAUGUCGCAGUAACAAUCUAUGCUAUUCGCAAAAGCAAUGUCGUGUCCCGUGUUCAAUAUAACUGACGAUGAAAGGAGGUCGGACUUGCGGCACUCUUGAUGCUCACAAGCGCUUGGCUUUCCCCUCGUCGGAUCCUCACGUUUCAGGACCUCCAGCGGGACUAAGCUGCCAAAUCGAUCGGGCUGCCUGAGGUUCAAGAGGAGGCUCGGAUCGCUGCACGGCCAGUGCCAUUUGAUUUAGCGAGUCGUUGACCUCAAUGAUCGCCACCACGUGCGGCAAGGCGCGUCCCCCAAACACUAGCGUCUGCUGUCAAACGGACAUCUCCAACCACAUUUUCCAGCAAUUGUUGGAGAUGGUCGGUUUCCCGCUACACUAUGAUGGCUGCCCAGAGCUUGGCCUGACAUUCCCCCGAGACAAGGACUUGACGGCUGGAUUGUUAAAAAGUGGGGCUGCCUAUAGGGGACGUCUUUCCAGUAUGCAGCAAUAAAAGCAUCUCGCUCCUCUGACUGAGUGAUUCUUCUCAUCGGCAUUGCUGUGCAGUCGUUACCACUGAAUUCCGGAUCUGGCGUUUUAAUAUACUAAAAAUUUCGAUUCUUUACUUUGGCGCAGGUCGCAUACGCACUUUUGAAAUACAUAUCUAUUUAAUCCGGUCUUCUCUACCGUAAUAACGAUUAUCUACAAUCAUGGCCUGUCCAGUGAGUGGACAUAGUGAUGCGGGAUCCAGCAGUUGCCCUAUGGGACGAACGGGACCCCGUGGAUGCGCCUUUGCUGCAUUCCAGCCAAAUAUGGGCGCGUCUACAGCCUUUUCUGGGGAUGCGGAAAGCGCAGCUUUGCUGCACGACAAAGAACGUCAAACGUUGCAAGAUAUACUACUUCCAAACGCCCCUCCACGGGAGACGACGAAUAAUCUCAAGAAUGCUGAUGGCCUGCUGCCCACCGACGAUGAUUUGCUGUCGAUCGCUCUUGGUGCUCCAGCUCGACGAGUGCUGAUGCGUGCAGAGGAGAUCGGACCACGCACUGGUUGGAAAGAUGGAUACUUAUCCUCGGAACACGGGUUCUUGCCGCCCGACCCGUCCGACGCUCCGGUAGCACUUCGAGCCUCACCAGGCCGCGUCUGGUCCGAUCUAUGCGAGCGAAUGCCGGGCGUGGUUGCGAGAGGUAACAUGAGGAACUCGAUCCUGGCUCUUCCUCUCGUCUACGGAACCCCAGAUGUCAUUCCUGAUCGAGCCCUAUGGGCAGCUACCGUGUGUCUCGGAAUCCUGGCCAGUGUGUAUCGCUACGAAGAAAACAACGACGGCAAUGAGGGUGUGUCGGUCAUGGUUGCCCCGGACACAUUUCGCAACCUUUCGGGUGAAGCUGAUGACGAAGAGGAGGAAACCAAAGGCAUUCCUCGCAACAUCGCCAUUCCACUGCGUCAAGUCUGCACCCGCAUGGGACGUCCACUACCACACCUCACACAGUUCGAUGUUAGCAUCUACAACUUCAAAUUGAGAGAUCCUACUAGCGUGCAACCGUACGCAGCUCGAGCGGAAAACAUGGACCUGCGAUGGCCGGUGUUCAAUGAUCGUGGUGAAGCCAUGUUCUUGCUCUGCAUGGCAGAGGUCCACGGCUGCUUCCAGAAAGGCGUCGAGAUUGUUACGCGUUGUCAAGAAAAGGUCAUGCAGAAGGACAAAGAAGGACUGUUGCGCGAGAUGAUUCAUCUCAAAGCUAUCAUCGACCAGCUGCCCUACGUUUUCCACAAGAUUUCAGUCAACCCUAAUGCUGGAGAACAAUUCGCAGAUCCCGUCGCCUGGGGGUCUCGUUAUGCUAAAUUUUCUGCGCCCUUGUCCAAACGGGUUCCGGCGCUCAGUGGGUUAGCUCUCCCUUUAUUCCUGCUGAUGGACGCUUUUCUUGGAAGGACAAAAUAUACCUCAUUCCUGGGUAUCGAGGCCAUACAUCUACGUCGUUGGCUGCCACUUAACAUCAGAGCUUUCAUCGCUGCCGUAGAAUCUCACUAUCAAGUGCCCGAGUUUGUCAAAGCCAGUGGCGAUGCCAAGCUUGAAGGUGUCCUAGAGGGUCUCGUUGAAGCCUAUGGUGGUGAACGCGGAUUCAUGGGCACGCAUCGCUAUAAAGUCUAUGGUUUUCUGGAGGUAGUAGCUAAGACGGGUCGAACCGAGACGAACGGUAAUGCCGGUUCCGGCGAUACUGAUGGUCGUGCCUGGGAAGAAGUGCAUCGAACACUGUCGGAUUCGAUGAAGGAAAGGUUGGACCCAUAUCGAGGCAAGGUAAAGGUCCAGCCUCAUGAAAUGCGCGGAAGUUUCGAAGAGUGCAGGUUUCUUGCAAAGAUUGUCGAUAGGCAGACCAUUGAUAACGAUCUCGAAAGAUCAACGGGGAUGGUAACUUUCGACCUGCACAAUACUGGUAUCACGUUUCAGCCCGGAGACCGCCUAGCGGUUAUGCCUACCAACCCCUCAUACGAGAUAGCCAAAGUCGCUGCUGCUUUAGGUCUAGACGGUAUGAUGGACAGCAUCGUUCCCGUAGAGCGAGGCUCAGAAUGGGCUCGCUUUGUCAACCAUAUGGGUGCUGUAUCCAAGGCUCCAAGCCCAGGACUCACUAUUCAGCAAAUGCUGAAAAGAGGCCAUUUGGCACCUUUGACGAAAGGCCUCGUAACAAAGAUCCACCAGAUGCUUCGAUCCUCAUCGCAAACUAUAAUGAACAUCCUCGCUUCAAAUGAAUGGCCCGUCAAAGGCAGCAUUGGCGACCUUUUACAGGCUGCUAUUACAGAAGUACCCCAAGAUGUCUGGGAUCGGGCUUUUGAUCUGUACAAUCUUGCUUGGCUUCCAAAACUAGUGAGUUUGGAAGUUCCGCGAACUUACAGCAUAUCCAACGCUUCGGACGGCCUUCUGCCGAGCAUGAUCGACCUCACCGUGACCCGAACGGAAACCGCUAGAGAUCCAAUAUUCAGCAGUGCACAGCCAGCUAUGCCUUUGUAUGGUGUAUCCAGUGGAUUCCUUAACCCCGCCCCAAGCCUUAUGGGCUAUCCUGAUGCCGGCUUUGGAGACGACGAGUCCGUCCUGAUUGGUGUGUCUCGUCCAAUCCAAUUCCAGCUCCCACCGAGCACCACAGUUCCGAUCGCCAUGUUUGCCGGCGGUUCGGGCAUCGCGCCUUUUAGAGGCUUUUGGCAAGCACGAUCGCAGACUGGAAUAGGCCGAAACAUACUAUUUCUUGGUGUGCAGUCGCGCGACAAAUUUGUGCACGAAGCAGAACUCCGAGGCCUUGUUCAACAAGGUACAUUGGAGCUUCACACGGCAUUUUCCAGGGAUAGAAAUGGCCUCAUUUACGAUCCUUCAUCCCGAGAACUUUUGGAACGCGAUAUGGAUCCGCGGUACAUCGACACCACUAUUAUUGAGCAAGGCCGCGUCGUUUCCGAAUUAGUCAUGUCCAAAAGCCAGGGAGGCUUGGGAGGCUACUUCUACGUGUGCGGGAGUGUCUCGGUGUAUGAGACAGUUCUUUCGGGAAUCAAGAAAGCCAUCUACACACACCAGGCGGCAACUCGUCAGAGCGCAGACCAAAUUCUAGCCACGGCCUUCGCUGAAAGAAGGUUCAUGUUGGACAUCUUCAUGUCUCCACGCUCUAUACCAUCAACAACCCCAACCAUCCCAAUGUCAAAAUUGGCCGAACACACCGGCCACAGGAAUGGCUCUAGGAUGUGGAUCGGCGUGCACGGAGGUGUAUACGACGUCACUGAUUUCCUUCCGAUGCACCCCGGUGGUACUUUGAUCGUUGCCGCAAGUGCUGGUCUAGACGCAACCAAAACAUUUGACGAUCUAGCGCAUACAAGCAACCCUGAAGUAUCGAGUCUUCUGUCCAAGUAUUUCAUCGGCCACCUGGGUACCAAGCCUGAUUUUCACUCAACCGAGAUCAGUGGCCUUUAUGAUAUGUGGUACAGUUAUUUGCGUAAUGCCGUUGAGAAUCUCACGACUCUUUAUUUCGAGGCCAACACCAUCUUGCAAGACUCAAAAGUUUGGUUUGAUGGAGGAUUACUGAAUAUCGGAGGAGUGAGAAAGUUCUACCAGUUCCAGUCGAGGCUUAUGCAGAAUGGCUUCUCAACAUUGUUCGGGGCAAAACUUCAAGAGAUCUACCUGAAACUAUCAUAUGUUAUGGCAAACACUGUGACUCCUAGCGUUCGCCUUCCUGACAUUGUUGGCACCAUCACUCGUGCUCAAUCGUCUCCAGCAGCAGCACAGUCGAUGCGCGAGAUCUCCGAGAUUGGCCAAUUCGUCUGCAAUCGUAGCACAUCUGCACGCUUCCAUGAGAAUGGCAUACUGCGAUACGCGCAAACAGUCACGGAAAUGGAUGUGAAGUUCUUGGAGCAGGUUCGUGACGAAGCCGCAAGGGGCAUGGAUGCUUUUGAUAUGAUUGCUGCGAUGGACGAGCCUGCAAGUUCCAAGCAAAUUAAACUCGCGAGCUAUCUUCUUUCAAUACUAGAACGCGUCGGGGCUCAUCUGGAAGGUUACUAUUCCUCCCUUUCCCAAGAGUCUAUUUACAGGCCCGAGAUCGAGAACAACCCUGCUCGGACCAGGUGGCAUAAACUGCGCCGGAAGAUCAGCGACGGCUCUUUCUUCGUUCUGGCACAACCUCCGGAUAUGGCCGCAAACAACGAUAUGCAAGCCCGCCAGAACGGCAUCGAGGUCGACUUCGCUGAAAUCUUCGCAAAGGCCCAGCACACACUUCAAUCGAACCCUGUAAAUUCCAAACCUCUCCCAGCUGAGCCGACUCAACCUCGCCGUCUCGCAGACAUGCAUACCGCGCGAGCCGUGCAUAAUGCUCAGACCGCCUCAACGUUUGAGACUCAACAAGCAAACAACGCGCUCCAUCGCAUGUCCACAUUCAUAAACGACAACAUGUCUACCAUCCGCCGACUCAGCCGCCUUCCAGCCGAGUACGACUUCACGCAACUAAUGGCAACAUAUGGCAAGCACCCCCAGGCCCCGACAUCAACAUCAACAGUACGAAACCAUCGCCCGUCACCCAGCUCUUCAGGUAACAACGCUAUGCACGCUCUCCAAGUCCGCGCAGCCACAAACGCAUCACCGCCUCUACCAGCUCCACAAGCCCUCCGCUCCCAACCCCAAACAGUCCUCCGCCACCAAUCUCCAAACCUAGAGCAGCAACUCAACCGUCGCCAACCACCCGCAGCCUCCAGCAGGAACCCGCUCGGAGCGACGCCUUCGCCACCGCCUGCGGCUUCUGCGAACCAGAAUCCCGCCUUCAACGCUGCGGUCGCGUACCUGAAUCGUCGGGCCCCUCCUCGCUCCUCGACUCCUCUCCCUGCUUCCCCGAGAGCGUCGUUGGCUUUGAGCGCUGCGGGCUCGGCGUCGUCGCGCCGCAAGAUUAGUGAGGAGAGGGCUUUGGCGCCGCCGGUUCCUAUGAUGCCGAAUUUGGCGCCUGCUCCGCUUCACUUCAGGGGUCCUUCUAUAUAA